CCUGUGGGUAGGGGGCGCAUGCGCAGAAGACGUGGCAGCUUUGGCAGGUACAGGCUGAGGCGGAGUUGUUGUCGCUCGGCGGAGGAGUCUGGGUUGCCGCCGUCGUUGUCGUUAUGGACGAGGACAUUUUGACCACGCUGAAGAUCCUCAUCAUCGGCGAGAGCGGCGUGGGGAAAUCCAGCCUUCUGUUACGCUUUACAGAUGAUACCUUUGAUCCAGAACUUGCGGCAACAAUUGGCGUUGACUUCAAAGUGAAAACCAUCUCAGUUGAUGGAAAUAAGGCCAAGCUAGCAAUAUGGGACACCGCCGGUCAAGAACGGUUCAGGACGCUAACUCCCAGCUAUUACAGAGGAGCACAGGGUGUUAUAUUAGUUUAUGAUGUUACAAGAAGAGACACUUUUGCUAAACUAGACAACUGGCUCACUGAAUUGGAAACAUACUGCACAAGAAACGAUAUAGUUAAAAUGUUGGUUGGAAACAAAAUUGAUAAGGAAAACAGGGAAGUUGACAGAAAUGAGGGCCUCAAAUUCGCUCGGAAACAUUCCAUGUUGUUCAUAGAGGCAAGUGCAAAAACGUGUGACGGUGUACAGUGUGCCUUUGAAGAACUGGUUGAGAAAAUCAUCCAGACGCCCGGACUGUGGGAAAGCGAGAGCCAAAACAGAGGUGUAAAGUUAUCAAACGACGAAGAUGGCCAUAGAGGGGCUUGUGGGGGCUAUUGUUCGGUGUUAUAAACUCUGGAAGACUCGACCUUUUGCGUAUUUAAAUGGAUAGUGAUGUCCUCUGUACAUAAACUCAUACCUGCUAUUCUAGGGACCUUGCAGUUUGCACAUAACUUGUGUAUCAAGGCAGUCGUCAUUUUCUUAGGGAAAUGGUGUUCUGCAGCUUUUCCAGUUCAGAAGUGUUAAUGGUAAGCAUGACUAAUUUGCAACAUCUUCGUUCUUUUUGUAUGUAGCAUAAGGUGAUGUGUUGCAGGAGCAAAUGUGUUCAGAUAUCCUAAUUUUAUCAUGAAACUUUUUUCUGAAGCCUAUUACACAAAUAUAUUGGCUGCACUCUGCCUGAGUGUAGUAUUUAAUUCAAAUUCUGCUGCACUAUUUGAGAUACACAAUGCUCAAUGUGUGUGGAAUCAUCUUUGAUUAACAAACUCUAAUAAGUUUAACAGCAUGGCUAUAAUACCCUUUUUAAGGUUAAUGAACCACACCUUUUCUAGGUUAUAGCCCAUCCCAGCUCAACUCCACUUUCUUGGAAGAGGUGCUUCUAAAGUAACUGGAGGAGGGGAGAUACUUUUUAAAAUUGUCACUUCAUUGAAUAAAUCAUCAAGCAUUUUAACUCUGAAAUUUAGAAUGGUAGUCUUGCACCAUGGCUUUUAAAGCAUCCUUUUGGACCUGCAAAAUAAAUCUUGUUGGGUAUGGGCUUAACAGAGGUCCCAUUGUGAAUCACUUCUCCAGGCUGUGAUGAAUGCUUCUAAAUGUUGUUGAUUUGGUAUCCGUCGCCCAAAACUGUUGCUACUUGGUAGCUGAAGGCCCCGAAUUGGGUGACAAUGCUAUUUGUGGCUCUUCCAUUUUUUUUUUGAAGCAUAAGUGUUAAAACUGUCUUCUGGAAUGUGCUUAUUUUGUUUCAGUUUGCUGUAACUAACAGUCAAAGCCUUGCUUGUUUUCAGGGAACUUGCAUAGUCUGGGGUUUUUUUCCUCCACAGUAUUUGAUUUUCUAACACCUUCCUUGUGUACAGGUGAAUUUUGUAAAUCGCAAUUCAAGGACUCUUGGAGUGAUGACCCUGUAACACUAAUGACUUCAAAUAGUACAGAGAACUGAUUUGUUUAACAAUAUGAGCUACUGUGCAAUUUCCUGUAAAUAUAUAGCCUGAAAUAUCUUUAUAAUUUUUUUGUAAACUUAAGUACUACUCAUAUUAUCAUUGGUCUUCUGAAAAUACAUUGGCAUUUACCACUUGGAUGUACUUCACUUAAAACUUGCUUUUUUCAGUUUUUACACUUGUUAGAAAACUUUACUGAAACAUUGAGAACUGUUCAAUAACCAAACCUUGUUAAGUAAAAUAACUAACUUCACACUCUACUAUCCAACAAAUUUUAGACACAAAUUCCAAAUUUAGUUUACAGCACAUUUGCUAAACAGGUUACUGAAGGGUUCUAGAGAUGGGCCAUCCAUGGAGGUACAACAGAAUUAAUUUUUAUUUGAGAGAAGUGUGUUUUUAACAUUGGAAUAAAGAUUGUGAAGCAGGAACAUCUGCCAGUUAAUCUUA